CAACGCUUGAUACAGUUUAGAGACAUCAUGGCUGUUUCAUGGCUUGUUUUUGAGUUAACUGUAUGUCUGGCUCUGAUACCAUGUUCCAUAGCUCAAGGUCCAUCAGCUUCCCCACCAAUGUCAAUUCCUCCGACGACUCCUGCCUCUCUUCCUCCCACGGUAUCCUCCCUUCCGCCAUCCACCAUGAUGCCACCUCCCCCUGCUGUCACCCCAGUUUCCUCACCCCCACCAAUAAUCUCCACUCCUUCCAUGGCCCCUACAAGCCCAAUGGCUCCAACCCCAUCAACAAGCCCCUUUAGUCCAAGUCCUUCCACAGACGCACCAAUGGUACCUGCUUCCAUGAGCCCACCAGCCCCAGCCAUUCCUUCUCCCGUCACCGUCUCACCUGGUUCUGGUGCUUUUGUUCACGAAAGCAGCAUGACAUUGGUAACAUUGCUUGGAGGAGUUGCUGUCCUCUUUGCUUAGGACACGGUUUUGCUUUUCAAACAUUUUAGUGUAUGUAGAUUCAGUUACUUUAAAAAAAAAAGAAAAAAAAGUGACAUCU